AUGGACCGGCCAGAGAAAGAGUACGACCUCCGAAAACCGCACGAAGCACGAUUGCUGCACCAGGCGGCAUCUGCGGAGACAAUGGGAGCCCAGAGCUGGACAGGGGGCGGGGCCCGAGGCGGAGCCCCGCCAAUGAUAAUAAGAAGCGGCUUUACGGGCGGGGCCGGAGAAAAAAUUAAGCCAAUCUGGAUCAGCAUGCCUACCUUAAGAUCCUCCUCCCAGCGGCAGAGCUCCUUCUCCUACCCAAAUGUUGUGCCCUCUUCACAACAAAGAUCUGUGGGAGAUGCACAGAGGGCUUUGUCAGCUUCUUCUAGCUCUUCUAGCAGUCUGCCUUCUGAAGAUAAGGGCUCCGACUUGGCUUCUCAGGGGGCUAGUCCCUCUUUGUCUGGUGAUGGAGGCAGUGACUUUGAAGACAACCUGAGACAAAAUGUGAAGAAGAGAAGAGCAAAACGACCACAUAAAACAACCCCAGUGGCAAAACAUCCAAAGAAGGGGUCUCAAGUUAUGUGUCAAAAUGGCCAGAAAAUGCUACAGUUACCAGCCUGUGAUCUCUUUGAUGCUGUGAAAGCUGCCAAAAGUGAUAUGCAGUCUUUGGUAGAUGAAUGGUUGGAAAGCUACAAGCAAGAUGAGGAUGCAGGAUUCCUUGAACUUAUUAACUUUUUCAUUCGAUGUUGUGGAUGUAAAGGCACUGUGACCCCUGAGAUGUUUAAGAAGAUGUCGAACUCAGAGAUCAUCCGGCACUUGACAGAACAGUUUAAUGAGGUGGAUGAAGAUGACCAAGAUACUCUUACUCCUUUCAUUUCAAAACUCAAGGCCCAUUAUAUCUUUUUUCUUAGGACUUUAGGUCACCAUUAAAUUUCGUUUUCUCUGUCCUUUUUCUUUCUUUUUGUAAUUCAUGUACCCUUCUCUGACUUAAGUAAUGAUUUCCUUGUGUUUUUCUGAUUUCAAGCCAUGAAACUGAUGACUUCCCUGGUAAGAGUUGCCCUCCAGUUGAGUCUGCACAAAGACAACAAUCAGCGUCAGUAUGAGGCUGAAAGAAACAAAGGACUAGAACAGAGAGCACCUGAGCGGCUGGAGAGCCUCUUGGAGAAACGAAAAGAGCUCCAGGAGCAUCAAGAGGAGAUUGAGGGAAUGAUGAAUGCUAUCUUCAGGGGUGUCUUUGUUCAUAGGUACAGGGACAUCCUUCCUGAAAUCCGAGCUAUCUGCAUUGAGGAGAUUGGAUGCUGGAUGCAAAGCUACAGUACCUCUUUCCUCACUGACAGCUACUUAAAGUAUAUUGGCUGGACCCUGCAUGAUAAGAACCGGGAUGUCCGUCUGACAUGCCUGAAAGCUCUGCAAGGGUUGUACAGCAACCCAGAGUUGACUGCUCGCCUGGAACUGUUCACCAGCCGCUUCAAGGACCGGAUGGUUUCCAUGGUCAUGGACAGAGAGUACGAUGUAGCAGUGGAGGCCAUCAGGUUGCUGAUCCUAAUCCUGAGAAACAUGGAAGGCGUGCUGACCAGUGCAGACUGUGAGAGCGUCUACCCUGUUGUUUAUGCUUCUAAUCGUGCCCUGGCUGCUGCCGCAGGAGAGUUUCUGUACUGGAAGCUCUUCUACCCUGAGUUUGAGAUGAGAGCAGUGGGUAGCAGAGAGCGACACCGGAGUCCACAUGCCCAGAAGACUUUCUUCCACCUUCUUCUGUACUUCUUUAUGGAGUGUGAGCUCCAUGACCAUGCUGCUUACCUAGUAGACAGCCUGUGGGACUGUGCAGGGCCUCAUCUAAAGGAUUGGGAGAGUCUCACAAGCCUGCUGCUGGAGAAGGACCAGAGCCUGAAUGACAUACAGGAGAACACACUGAUCGAAAUCCUUGUGUCCAGUGCCCGGCAAGCUGUGGAGUGUCACCCGCCUGUGGGGCGAGUCACUGGGAGAAAGGGCCUAUCCGCUAAAGAACGCAAGGUCCAAGCUGAUGACAAGGUGAAGCUAACUGAACACCUCAUCCCCCUGCUGCCCCAGCUCCUGGCCAAGUUCUCAGCUGAUGCAGAGAAGGUUGCUCCCCUGCUGCAGCUCCUCAACUACUUUGACCUCAGCAUCUACUGUACUAGACGUUUGGAAAAGCACCUGGAGUUGCUCUUGCAACAACUCCAAGAAGUGGUGGUGAAGCACACAGAGCCCCCGGUGCUUGACGCUAGUGCACAAGCCCUUUAUCUGCUCUGUAAGCCCGAGUUCACUUUCUUCAGCCGGGUGGACUUUGCCCGCAGCCAACUAAUGGACUUGUUGACUGACCGUUUCCAGCAAGAAGUUGAGGAGCUGCUGCAGUCAUCCUUCAUAGAUGAGGAUGAAGCAUACAGUCUGGCAGCUACUUUGAAGCGUCUCUCUGCCUUUUACAAUGCUCACGAUCUGACUCGUUGGGAGCUCUAUGAUCCGUGUUACCGUCUCCUCCAGAAGGCUGUGGACAUGGGAGAGGUUCCUCACCAGGCAAGUAGACAAGUGAUCCUGCCAGCCUUGACUCUUGUCUACUUUUCCAUUCUCUGGACACUAACUCACAUUUCAGUGUCAGGUGGUUCCCAGAAGCAGUUGUUGAAUCUGAAGGGUAGGAUUGUGGCCGUCUGUGAACUCUGCCAGAACUGUCUCUCUCAUGUAGAUCUAGAGAUCCAGGAGCAGGCUUUUGUUUUAUUGAGUGAUCUGCUUCUCAUCUUCAGCCCUCAGAUGAUAGCAGGGGGACGAGAUUUCCUUAGGCCCCUUGUCUUUCUACCGGAAGCUACUCUCCAGUCUGAGUUAGCCAGUUUCCUCAUGGACCAUGUCUUCCUUCAGUCUGGAGACCUGGGCAGUGGUCAGACCCAAGAUGAUCAUAUGCAGAUAGAGCAGCUGCACCAGCGGCGCCGCCUCCUGGCUGGGUUCUGCAAGCUGUUGCUCUAUGGAGUACUGGAGCUGGAUGCAGCCUCAGAUGUUUUCAAACAUUACAACAAGUUCUAUAAUGACUAUGGUGACAUUAUCAAGGAAACAUUGACUAGAGCAAGGCAGAUUGACCGAAGCCAUUGUUCCAGGAUCUUGCUGCUGAGUCUCAAGCAGCUAUACACAGAACUGCUUCAGGAGCAGGGACCCCAGGGUCUAAGUGAAUUGCCAGCCUUCAUGGAGAUGAGAGACCUAGCCCGGAGGUUUGCUUUGAGCUUUGGACCCCAGCAACUACAGAACCGGGACAUUUUGGUCAAGCUGCACAAGGAAGGCAUCAAGUUCUCCUUGUCUGAGCUUUCUCCAGCUGGCUCCUCUGAUAUGCUCCCAAAUCUGGCAUUCUUGGAGCUCCUUUCAGAGUUCUCUCCCCGCCUUUUCCAUCAAGACAAGAAGCUACUACUAUCCUAUCUGGAAAAGUGUCUACAGCGUAUCCCCCAGACACCUGGUGGCUCUCCCUGGGGUCCAGUCACUACUUACCGCCGCUCCCUCAACCCUGUGGAGAGCACAGCAGAGGCCAGUCCUCAGGCCCACUCACGCUCUAAGAAGAGGCGCAUUGAAGGCCCCAGCAAGCAUCAGAGAGCAGAUCAGGAAGAAAGCCUGCAGCUCAGUAGUGUCCCACCAACACCUACCCUCACCUCCACUGCUGUGAAGAACAAGCAGCCCCUUGGGGUGCUGGGAGAAGCCGAAGAAGAAGAAGAAGAUGGCCUAGAAUCAGAGUUCACUCACAGUCAGCUCUUCUCAGGUACCCAGGGGCCAAGGUUCUCAGGUGCACAGUAUUUCCAGACUCCAUGCAAACCUUCAGGGACUGGUCUAGACAAGAAGCUGACCCGACUCAGCCUUAUGGAAGAGGAUGAAGAAGAGAUAGAAAGUUUGGAUGAGUCAAGUGAAGAAUGGCAGGAUACAAAGAAGCAGCCCAGUAGCCACUCUUCCUUCAGUGAAGACGGACUGGACCUAUUGGAUACUACAGAGCUGAACAUAGAGGAUUUCUGACAGGACCCUGUGCCCCUCCCUUCACCAUUUCCCACUCAAAGGACAUGACCACCUGGAAAAGGCCAAAAGGAAGAAGCAAAAUGAAGAAUUCCUUGAGGCCUCAGCUCGCAUCUUGGAGGGGGAGAGAUGGCUUUGCCUUUCUAACCUACCUUCCUCUUCAAUGGUGUAGUGAAACUCAGAGUCUUCUAACCCUCUUUGUACCAUGGAGCUGAUCCC